AUGCCCAUAGUUAACAACACUUCCGCCGUGGAUGUACUUGGAUGGCUGACGGUCAUCAUGAACGCAAGACUCAUUUCGCAGGUUAUGCAGAGUUCCGAAGGGCUAGGCGAUACUGGGCAGACUGUGAUAGUCGGCCCGGCAGACGGUGCGAACCUCUUCACCCCUGGAGCGCUCAGCGCAAGUUCCGCCACAGCUGGAAACGUUAAGUACGUGUUGCCGCCCAUGGCCAAUGUUACCAACAGGCGCCAGGAAGAGCGGAAUGCCGCUCAACACAAGCCUUUCAACACUUCGGAGUAUCCCGCGAUACAACAUGCUCUCAGACUUGAUACUGGAGAAAUGGACAUGUCUGGAUCGUUGAUUUCGACCCACAAUGAGUAUGGCGAUUCUGUCUCUGUUGGCUACGCCGUCCCCCGGGUCGACCUGGUGAAUUGGGUGGUAUUGGUGGAGCAAGCCAAGAGUGAGGUCUGGGAGCCUAUCAACCAUUUACGCGACAUUCUGAUUGCUUGCAUAUUCGCAACAGCUGGAUUCCUCGCCAUCCUCGCCUGGCCUUUGGCUCAUUUCGCAGUUAUGCCCAUCAGAAGACUCCAAGCGGCCGCCCUCCGAUCCGUUGAGCCACCCAACUCGCACCCUAGCAGAUCGAGUUUCGAGUCGUUCGGGUCCAUGCCACAUCAUGACGGACCCAAUGAUGGUGAUGGCGACGGUGAUGGGGACGGAGGCCAGGUCACAGUCCAUGAAGAGGUGGCGCGCAAAGAAGGCUGGAACAUCAUUGCACGGUGGAAGACCAGGCAUGGCGACCGUGAAGCUCGCAAUAGGGAGCGAAAGAAGCGGCAAUUCCGCAUACCUGGGAAAGUCAGGCAGCGCAAGCACUGGAUCAAAGACGAGCUAUCAGAUCUUACUGAGACGUUCAACGAGAUGUCUGAUGAACUCAUGAUGCAAUAUGAGAAAUUGGAGGAGCGAGUACAGCAAAGGACUGCAGAGCUGGAACUGAGCAAGAAAGCGGCCGAGGCGGCAAACGAAAGCAAGACGCUCUUCAUCGCCAACAUCUCACACGAGCUCAAGACACCCCUAAACGGCAUCAUGGGCAUGUGCGCCGUCUGCAUGCAGGAAGAUGACCCACAACGACUUAAACAGCGGCGACCUCUUACUCAACCUACUGACCGAUCUACUUACCUUCAGCAAGAACCAGGUAGGCCACCAUAUCUCACUGGACGAGAAAGAAUUCCGACUGCGGGACAUCUCAUCGCAGGUUGUGGCAAUUUUCGACAAGCAGGCAACGGAAGGCCAGAUCAACCUCAGAGUUGA